AUGACAAAAGACGAUACUCAGCGCUCUACUUGCUCCAUCGAGGAGUUCUUGGAUACUUCCUUCGACUACAUAAUCUGCGGUGGUGGAACCGCUGGAUGUGCUGUUGCCGCACGGUUGAGUGAAAAUGCGCAGGUUACAGUCGGUUUGAUAGAGGCGGGAAAAUGCCGACUUGGAGAUCCUGUCGUUGAUAUCCCCGCAGGAUUUGGUGCGAUGAUCGAGAACCCGGAGUAUGAUUGGUGCAUUUAUAGCGCGCCACAGAAAGGAAACCAUGACAAUGUUCACCAUGUUCCACGUGGCAGAUUGUUGGGAGGUUCAAGUGGUAUGAACGCCACGUGCUAUGUCCGUGGGUCAUCCAAGGACUAUGACGAUUGGGCUGCACUUGUUGGAGAUGAUGGAUGGUCCGCGAAGGCUAUGCAACAAUACAUGCGCAAGCAUCAGACAUUCGAGCCUGCUGAGGCAGACCUGGACCGAUCGAUAAAGUCCCUUGGUGAAUUUCACGGUACCCAAGGUCCGAUCCACACGAGUUUCAAUGACGGGGUAUUGCCCAUUGAGCAUGCCUUUGUCAAGGCAUGCGAAGACGUGUUGGGUGUUACUGAAAAGCCGGUCGAUCCCUGGUCCGGCGAUCAUAUGGGGUUCUAUCACGGCAUGGCAACUGUGAACAGAACGGGGCCUGAUAAAGGGAAGCGAAGCUAUGCUGCAGGAGCAUACUACAAGCCCAAUCACAAUCGCUCGAAUUUGAAAGUUCUAUGCGAGACUCUUGUCAACAAAGUGAUACUCGACGAGAAUAAUCGGGCGACUGGUAUUAGCAUUACUCACAGCGAGCACGACUAUCAGAUCACGGUUGCGCGAGAGGUAAUAAUGUGCGCCGGUGCAAUAUUCUCUCCCCAUGUCCUAGAACUGUCUGGCAUUGGUGAUCCAGUCGUCCUUGAAGCAGCCGGAAUCCCCUGCAAGGUAGAAAAUGUCGCUAUCGGGUCCAACCUUCAGGACCAUGCUAUCUCAUUCGUCACCUGGAAUGUUGAGCCAGAUGUCAUUACAGCGGACGUUUUUAGGCUAGUCCCUGAAGCCAUGCACAGCGCCAUCAAAGAAUAUGAGGUGACUAAAGACGGGCCUCUCACUAAUGCUCCCGGUAUCAUGGCGUUUCUUUCGGCGAAGAGCAUCAUGUCUGAAGCCGAAUUGACAGCGCUUAUUCAACAUAUCAAAGAGAUUAAACCUACAAGUGCGUUUAAUUCGAAGCAACUGACGUACGUUAUUGAGAAUCUGCAGGACGAGAAAUCUGCCAAUCUGCAGAUAGGUCUUGUGCCAGCCAUGACGAACCCAAAAAGAGACUCGAGACAUCAAGGAGAGCUAUUUUCUCUAAGCCCCAACUGUCAAGGGAGAGGAGUAACAUUUGUCGUUGGGGUACAGUACCCAGUCGCGCGUGGACACGUUCAUGUUGAAUGUGAUGAUCCUGCAUGUCCGCCAGUUAUCGAUCCAAACUGGCUCGGUGAUGAAGCAGAUGCCACUAUUCUCGCGGCUGCUCUUCGCUGGGCAGACAAAGUCGGUCGAUCAGAGCACCUUCAAGACUCAAUCAGGAGCAGGGCGUUCCCUCACCCAAAAGUCAACUUGCAAAUCCUCGAUCGGGCCAAGGAAGCAGCGCAUGAUUUUGUCAAUUCCAGCUACCACCUAUGUGGUACAGUUGCAUUGGGUCAAGCGCUAGACACUCGUCUACGGGUGAAAGGAGUAGAAGGCCUUCGAGUGGUGGACGCGUCGAUCUUCCCAAAUAACAUUAGUGGUAACAUCCAAGCGACUGUAUAUGCCGUGGCAGAGAAGGCAGCCGAUUUGAUCAAGGAAGACUGGGAGUUUCCUGGAAGUGAGUAG